AAUUUGCACACGAAAGAAUCUGCAUUUCUACCCUUUUUGAUCGAAUCGCAUCCCUUCGCUUUCGAAAACCCCCAAAUUCGCAAACCCUAAUUUUCUCUUACCACUUCAAUGGCGCCCAAAGCUGAGAAGAAGCCCGCCGAGAAGAAGCCAGCAGAGGAGAAGAAGUCGGCUGUCGCUGAGAAAGCCCCCGCCGAGAAGAAGCCCAAGGCCGGGAAGAAGCUCCCAAAGGAGGCUGGAGCCGCCGCCGGCGACAAGAAGAAGAAGAGAUCGAAGAAGAGCGUGGAGACCUACAAGAUCUACAUCUUCAAGGUUCUAAAGCAGGUCCACCCAGACAUCGGAAUCUCUAGCAAGGCCAUGGGAAUCAUGAACAGCUUUAUCAACGACAUCUUCGAGAAGCUCGCUCAGGAGUCGUCCAGGCUCGCCAGGUACAACAAGAAGCCCACCAUCACUUCUCGGGAGAUCCAGACUGCUGUUAGAUUGGUGCUUCCCGGUGAGCUCGCUAAGCAUGCGGUGUCUGAGGGGACUAAGGCGGUGACCAAGUUUACCAGCUCUUGAAGUGUGGUGGGUUCUGGGUCUUUUAGGGUUUGGAAGAUUGGAUCUUUAUGUGUUUAGUGUUAGGAUUUCGAAUUAGUAGAUAUGUAAUUUCGUUAUCUUUCUUUUGAAUGAAAUACUAUGGCUUAUAUGAUCUGAAAUCUGUACUGGUACGGAUUGAUGAACUUGUAUUCUGUAAUCUCUCGAAUUGGAAAUCAAAACCCUGUUUCUGUA